CCCAUCGCCAUCCCACCGUCCAACAAAACCGUUUCUUCCCUCCAAUAGACUUCUAUCUCGUCCUAAUUGGUUUUUUCGGUUCCCUGCUCGCUCGCCCCCUCACGCCGCCAACACAUCUGAUCGCCGCCCUCACGAGACCCUUUCUUCGCCUAGCUAUCCCACCCCUCCUCGGCAGCCGCUUCCUUGGUUCUCUUCCGCCCGCCAGCUGCCUCGUCUCUCACCACAAUGGAUAAUAAUAUGGAGAUUGACGCGGCGCGUUCCCCAGAGCCACACCACCUUUCGCCGACGACCGACCCUGGGUCGAUUCCUACCCUCGAUGGCUGGAUUGAGAAUUUGAUGACUUGCAAACAACUCGCGGAGGAGGAUGUGCGGCGGUUGUGUGAUAGGGCGCGAGAGGUGUUGCAGGACGAGUCCAACGUCCAACCUGUGAAAUGUCCGGUAACCGUGUGCGGUGAUAUUCACGGCCAAUUCCACGAUCUCAUGGAGCUCUUCCGCAUUGGAGGACCCAACCCAGACACGAAUUACCUAUUCAUGGGUGACUACGUCGACCGUGGAUACUACUCCGUCGAGACCGUCACACUCCUUGUUUGUUUGAAAAUUCGUUACCCUCAGCGUAUCACCAUCCUCCGUGGAAACCACGAGUCCCGCCAGAUCACACAAGUGUACGGUUUCUACGAUGAAUGUCUGCGGAAAUACGGCAAUGCCAAUGUGUGGAAAUACUUUACCGACCUUUUCGACUACCUCCCCCUCACUGCCCUCAUCGAGAACCAGAUUUUCUGUCUCCACGGUGGUCUGAGUCCUUCCAUCGACACUCUGGAUAACAUUCGAUCCCUAGACCGAAUCCAGGAGGUUCCCCACGAAGGACCCAUGUGUGAUCUGCUCUGGAGUGAUCCUGACGACCGAUGCGGUUGGGGAAUUUCUCCCCGUGGUGCUGGAUACACCUUCGGGCAGGAUAUCUCAGAGGCGUUUAAUCACAAUAAUGGCUUGACUCUGGUUGCACGAGCUCACCAGCUGGUUAUGGAGGGAUAUAACUGGUCACAGGACCGGAACGUAGUCACGAUCUUCUCAGCCCCUAAUUACUGCUACCGCUGCGGUAACCAAGCCGCUAUCAUGGAAAUUGAUGAGCACCUGAAGUAUACUUUCUUACAAUUCGAUCCUUGCCCACGCGCAGGAGAGCCGAUGGUCUCGAGACGCACCCCAGACUACUUCCUGUGAUGUUAUAGUGAUAGAUUUCUUUUCUCACCGUGCAAAGCUGAGGCUCGCCGCCCUUCGACAGGGCGCGUGGGAGGUCGGAACGAGCAGACGCCGGAAUGCUCUGCCUACAUAAUCACAUGUCCGCCUGUCGCUGUGUUGAUACCAUUCAUGAAAAUAAGACAUGUUCAGACUAAAGAUCAAUACGAAUUCUCUGCGUGA